AUGGAUCAAAUCAUUUCUGGCAUCAUCAAAAGUGAUCAUCCACUUCUGAAGAAACAACAAUUAUUCGAGCUUAUACGUCCAACCUACCUUCAAACUCCUUGCUCGACAACAUUGGCAAUAACUGAUCGUCCUUGUUAUCAUAUCAUAAACUAUGUUCGUCAAUUGACAUCUACCAAAGCAGAUCUCGAAAGUUUACAGUUUUGUCGUGUCUGUUUGGAAUGUUGUCAUAGUUCUGACUGUCUUUGCUCCAUUGCUGAGCAUCUAAUUACUGAUUCACAAAUUGAUCUGUCGAUUUCAUUUGUUCAAUUGUUAAGUGAUCGUCUACCAAUCGAAAUCGGUCGACCCUUCUUAGAACGAGCUAUUUUCGAGAGGCAUGAGUUAAAUAAUGAAGCAUUACAUUUUAUUCUUUUAUCAAUAACCAAAAAUCGUCAAUUAACCGACGGACAACGAACGAUAUUCUACAUUAAACUAGUAGAACUCGUACUCUUCCGUUUGCGCACAUUGGAUCAUUCUAUCGAGCAAGUUGAAGCAUUUUGUAAACAAUUAUCAUCAACUAUUGAAAGAUUAUGUUAUGAUAAUAACAAACAAUCUAGUCAGUUAUUAAAUGAUAUCGUUAAUGGUGUUACGAGUGGUUUACUGACAUGUCUAGCGGAUUCAACGGUUACAACUGAGCCUUCAACAGCAUUAGCGAACAUUAUUGAUCUAUUACAAGAAUGUCCAAACGAAAAUCUGCUUGAUUCGUUUAUUUUGACGAUCGAUGACGAUCGACUGGUUCUUUGUCUCAAUCGUUUAGCACGAGUGUUUCGAUGGCCAUGUUUAACAACUAAACCAUCGCAAUGGCUCGUUUCGAUUUGGAAACUGUUAUUCAAACGUGAACGAGAAAUGUUAGUAGCACAAUCAGCAUCAUCAUCCAUUAUUUCCGAUCUGAUAUCAAUGCUGGGUAAUCCUUCAUCGUAUCAGAACGUCAUACCAGCCUUAUGCUGGAUAUUCGUUAAUCAGCCAUUUCAUUUACAAACAUUUGCCAGUACUUUACAAAAUGAAAUUCUUCAAUUGGUUAUCAACAAUCCAAAUUUUUUGAUCGAUAAUGUUGAAAUGAAUAAUCUUGUUGAAAGUGUGCGAUACGGCUUGAAAAGUUUAUUAAAUAAUGAAGAUAAUCUUUUGAACAAUGAGCUACUAAACAAUCUCCUCCAAAGCCUUCCAAAGUUGAAUCCUGUUUAUGCAAAGAAUGUUCAACUAAUGAAAUGCAAAUCGUCUUCAAUCGAGAACUAUUCUAACGAAAUGACAAUUCGUCUACAUGAUAAAGUUGGAUUGAUCAACAUUGGAAAUACUUGUUAUUUGAAUGCAAUCAUGCAAGCACUAUAUGCUUGUACAAAAUUUCGGCAAUGUGUUCUUAGUUGUGAUAUUCUAUCAUCGAACAAUGAACUACUGAAAUCUUUACAAAGUUUAUUUGGCUUUCUCACACUUUCUCAAAGGCCACAUUACCGACCGGAACGGUUUUGGCUUCAAGCCAAACCAUCAUACUUCGAACGUAAUCAACAGCAAGACUGUCAAGAAUUUCUCCGACAUCUCUUGGACACACUGCAUGAAGAAGCGAACCGAACGGCCCAGAACGACUCAAACCUCGAUCUGGUUAAACAGCAUCUUAUGGGCACAUGUGUACAUGUUAGUAAAUGUUCAAAUUGUUUAACAAUGACGAAAUCGGAAGAUCUUUUCUACGACUUAUCGAUCGGUUUCAAUGAACAAUCAUUAAUAAAGAAUGACCAAGAGAAAAAAUUCGAUUUACAGGCACUUAUUGACCAUUCAUUCGCAUGGGAACCUCUGAUCAAUGAAAAUCAAUUAGCAUGUGAUAAAUGUGAAAAAAAGGAGGAUGGUUCACGUCGAAUGUUUCUAACUUCACAUCCGAAUUAUCUUGUUUUAUUGCUGAAACGUUUUGUACAUAAUCGUUUGACAGGUAAAUAUGAGAAAUGUCUUGAUCACACGACAUUACCAGAAUUUAUUCAAUUACUAACUAUUAAUGAAACGUCGGUAACCUAUCGCUUGAAAGCAAUUGUUGUUCAUCAUGGUCUAUCGAUGAAUAGCGGACAUUACUAUGCAUUUGUUAUGUUUAAUAAUGAUGAUUUCACGGAUAAAAAUAACACAAAUAAUCAUCUCGGAUGGUGGCUAUUCAAUGAUACACAUGUGGAACAUUUAUCAUACGAAAGUGUUUGUGCACAUUUUCAACGUUUCCCAUCCGCCACUCCUUAUGUGUUGAUAUUCGAAAAGCAAACUCAAGAAAAUGAAUCAGAUACAGCCCAACUACCGAUUGUGCCAUAUCUACAAACAUUGGUCGACCGUGAUAAUCAACUUUACGUACAGGAGCAGAAACGUCGUGGUCGAUCAUCGAGAUCAGGUGAUAUGUCGGAUGUCAAUGAACCUUAUUUACGAAAUACAGGAUGUAAAGAUCAAAGUCCGGAUCGUGGACCACCAUGUAUUUUCUGA